AUGGACCUGGGGCUCGAUUGUGAAGCCCCAUUUGUGUACUCAGCAUGUGGUGCGCCCUGUGAGAAGCAGUGUGCACUGCAGGGCCAAGGAGAUCUGUGUUUAGGUGGCAUGCAGAACGGUAGCUGUGUUCCUUCAGAGGAGUGUGGCUGCGUCCACCUGCAGCACCACGCUUCAGGACAACCACCCACACCUGUCACUGUCCCUCAGGGCGCCACGGUCACCAUAGGCUGCAGCACCUGGUUGUUUGUGCCAGUGACAGAGUGUCGCUGUGGUAUCCCAUCAGGCAACGGGACGCUGGAGUUCAUGCCUAAAGAGGAGUUUUCCAUGGACUGUAACACCUGUGUGUGUGAGAACGGCACUCUGGUGUGCACCAAGCUUCAGUGUCCGGUGUAUGAGCCAUGGAACCCAUGGAGCUCCUGCUCAGCUUCCUGUGGGCGUGGCCAGAUGACAAGGAUACGCCUUUGCCAGGAUACAGAGGGCGGUCCUUCUUGUGAUGACACCAUGCAGACAGAGAACUGUGAUCUGCCAUCAUGUCCAGGUUUGACUUGGAACAAGUACUAACAUGCACAUUUGACAAUAUCCCAACAAUUGUACAUCAUCCUAAUUAGACCCUCAGAAAGGAGUUUAUUGCCACAGUGGUUACCCUU